GAGAGAGAGAGAGAGAGAGAGAGAGAGUGGAAGUGCGUGUCUGUGUGUGAGAGAGAAAGAGAGAGAUUUCUUUUUAAUUGGACCCCCAAAAACAAAACACCAUCUUCUUGCUAAAAGAGAAUUUAUCAAUCACGGGUUGCUACAAAACAACAUUUAAUUAAACAUUCCCAUAAAUCUUGAAAAAAAAAAAAGAAUUCUUCUUCUCUCUCUAUAAAUUCCCACUUACUCGCUCGCACUUUCUCUCACCUCCGUUUUUUCCAGCUUUCUCUCUCUUCCCUUUUCUUUUCUUUCCAAUGGCUCCUGCAGAAUGCUCUGUUUUAGUUUCCCUUUCAAUUGUACUACUACUCUGUUUCGGGCCGGUUUGCUCUCAGGCGCAGCCCGUUUUCGCCUGCGACGUGUCGAGCAAUCCGGGCCUGAAAAACUUCAGCUUCUGCGACCCGUCUUUGGACGUGAAAGCCCGAGUGGAUGAUUUGGUGGCUCGGCUGACUUUGCAGGAGAAGAUCGGGUGGCUCGUGCAUGCGGCGAAGGGGGUGAGUCGACUCGGUAUACCGAGUUACGGGUGGUGGUCGGAGGCUUUACACGGUGUCUCCGAUGUCGGUGGUGGCUCCCGGUUCACGGGUCCGGUUCCCGCCGCCACCAGCUUCCCUCAGGUCAUUCUCACCGGAGCUACUUUCAACGAGUCUCUGUUUCAAGCCAUUGGAAAGGUGGUAUCGACGGAAGCAAGAGCAAUGUACAAUGUGGGAUCGGCUGGAUUGACGUUUUGGUCGCCGAACGUAAAUAUUUUCCGGGACCCACGAUGGGGAAGGGGCCAAGAAACCCCCGGGGAAGACCCUUUGCUCACGAGCAAAUACGCUGCGGCUUAUGUAAGAGGCCUUCAAGAAAGAGAAGACGGCGACAAAUCGAGGCUCAAAGUCGCAGCUUGUUGUAAACAUUACACCGCUUACGAUGUCGAUAAUUGGAAAGGGAUACAGAGAUACAAUUUCAAUGCUGUGGUGACGCAACAAGAUAUGGAUGAUACGUUUCAGCCCCCGUUCAAGAGCUGUGUUCUUGAUGGGAAUGUGGCGAGUGUGAUGUGUUCGUAUAAUCAAGUCAACGGGAAGCCGACAUGUGGCGACCCGGAUUUAUUGGCCGGUGUGAUUCGAGGCGAAUGGAAGUUGAACGGGUACAUUGUUUCGGACUGCGAUUCGCUGAAUGAGAUUCUCUAUGCCCAACAUUACACCAAAACACCAGAGGAAGCAGCUGCUUUGGCUGUCAAUUCAGGUUUGGAUCUUAACUGUGGCGAAUUCCUAACAAAGCACGCUCAAGCAGCCGUGGAUCGUGGCCUCCUAAACGAAACCACAAUCAACAGAGCAAUCUCGAACAAUUUCGCUACAAUGAUGCGAUUAGGGUUUUUCGACGGAAGCCCGAAAGACCAACUAUACGGAAAUUUAGGCCCGAAAGAUGUCUGCACACCACAAAAUCAAGAACUCGCACGCGAAGUUGCCCGACAAGGCAUCGUUCUGCUGAAGAACGGGCCGGGCUCGUUGCCCUUGUCUCCAACCGCAAUCAAAUCCUUGGCUGUGAUUGGCCCCAAUGCUGCUGUCACCCACACCAUGAUUGGCAACUAUGAAGGGAAACCGUGUAACUACACGUCGCCGUUGCAAGGGCUAACGGCCUCCGUACCAACGGUCUACCACCCGGGAUGCUCGGGCGUUUCUUGUGGGACCGCUCAAGUGGAUGCCGCCAAGAAUGUGGCAGCGGCAGCCGAUGCGGUGGUGAUGGUUAUGGGGUCGGAUCAAUCGAUCGAGGGUGAGAGUUUGGAUAGAGUGAGCAUUACUCUACCGGGGCAACAACAAUUGUUGAUUUCGCAGGUUGCGAGUGUGUCUAAAGGCCCCGUGAUUCUUGUGGUAAUGUCGGGCGGGGGCAUGGAUGUCCAAUUCGCAAAGGAUGAUCCGAAAAUCACGAGCAUUUUGUGGGUUGGUUUCCCCGGAGAAGCUGGUGGUGCCGCCAUCGCCGAUGUCAUCUUCGGGUACUAUAAUCCAAGUGGAAGACUACCAAUGACUUGGUACCCUCAAUCGUACGUGGAAAAGGUCAACAUGACCGACAUGAACAUGAGGGCGGACCCCACCAGAGGCUACCCCGGUCGAUCGUACCGUUUCUACAAGGGGCCCACGGUCUUCUCGUUCGGAUAUGGGCUAAGCUACUCUCAAUUCGACCACAAAUUAGUCAAAGCUCCAACAUCCGUUUCAAUGGACUUGGAAGAAGACCACGUCUGUCGGUCUUCAACGUGUAGGUCCAUCGAUGCGGCGGGCCGUAGCUGCAAGAACAACGCCGCAAUUGAAGUUCAUCUGAGCGUGAAAAACGUCGGGAGAAUGGGCGGGGCCCACACGGUGCUCUUGUUUUCUAGCCCGCCGGAGGUGCACGGUGCGCCUCGGAAACAGUUGCUAGGGUUUGAGAAGGUGCAUUUGGUGCCACAAGGAGAAGGGGUUGUUAGAUUCAAUGUUGAUGUUUGUAAGCAUUUGAGUUUGGUGGAUGAGAAGGGGAAUAGGAAAGUUGCAUUGGGAGAGCAUGUUCUUCACGUGGGGAAUUUGAAACACUCAUUGAAUGUGAUAAUUUGAAGAAAUCCCAUAUAUAUGGGGAUAUUUAUAUUUUUCUUUUCUUUAUAUUUUUGAGAAAAAGAGGUUGUUUUGCAACUUUAAAUAAUUUAUGAAAAAAGAAAAGAAAAUAAGGAUUAAUGCAAAUUUAAAUAAUUUAAUUUCUAAUUGCUUGAGAUUGAUAUA